UCAAUAAGGAGGACACCAAAACAGUAACGACAAAAACUACCCCCCACGCAUUGUCGACAACGUAGCUAUGAAGAAAGGAAACAAAGUCCUUCAAAACUGACCAAAUACUUCCUCCAAGCUUUAAUUCAACCUAACCAAUUUAGUGAAUUUACACACUCUCUCCCUCUCUCUCUCUCUCUCUAAUUCUCUCUUUAGUUCAAAAAUUGAAGAAGAAACCAGACAAAGCAGAGCUGCCGUGGGCAACAGAUUACCGAACCAGGAAAGUGAUUUGUGGGGAACAAUUUGAGGGAUUUUCUGGGUUUUUGGUGAAUUGAAAAACCCACUAAGGAAUUGUUUGUUCUUGCUCUAAUUGCCAUUUCUGGAGAUUAUUGUACCGUUCUGUUGUACCAAUGUUUCAAGAUGAUGGUUCAUCAUCUGUAACUUCUUCACCCCUGCAAAUGUUUCCCAUGAUGUCACUUUCACCCGGUUUGGGAUCACCAUAUCAAUGGCUCAAAGAACUAAAGUCUGAAGAAAGGGGCCUAUAUUUGAUUCAUCUAUUGCUCACUUGUGCAAAUCAUGUAGCUACUGGUAGCCUUGAAAAUGCGAACAUGGCCCUUGAUCAAAUUUCCCAUCUUGCCACGCCUGAUGGCGAUACGAUGCAGCGAAUUGCUUCGUAUUUUACGGAGGCUCUAGCUGAUAGGGUCCUGAAAACUUGGCCUGGGCUUUAUAAGGCCCUCCAUUCAACUAGGAUAUCCGUGGUUUCUGAGGAAGUUCUUGUGAGGAAAAUGUUUUUCGAAUUCUUUCCUUUUCUGAAGGUGGCUUUUGUCAUCACAAACCAAGCUAUCAUCGAAGCUAUGGAAGGGGAAAAAAUGGUCCACAUUAUUGAUCUCAAUGCAUCAGAGCCUGCACAAUGGCGUGCACUUCUUCAAGACUUGAGUGCUAGGCCUGAAGGUCCACCCCAUUUGAGAAUAACAGGGGUGCAUCAACAGAAAGAAAUCUUAGACCAAAUGGCUCACAUCCUGAGUGAAGAUGCUGAAAAAUUGGAUAUUCCAUUUCAGUUCAAUCCGAUAGUUAGCAAAUUAGAGAAUCUUGAUGUGGAGAAAUUACGAGUUAAAACUGGUGAAGCUCUAGCAAUUAGUUCAGUUCUUCAGCUGCAUGCUCUUCUGGCCACGGAUGAAGAAAUGCUGAAGAAGUCACCAAUGGUACCAAAAAGUUCAAAUGGUCAUCAUUUGCAAAGAGUGCUACAAAUGAACCAGGGUACUUUAGGAGAAUUGCUUGAGAAAGAUCUGGUUAAUGGUUACAGCCCAAGUAGUGAUUCGGCAUCAUCUUCGCCACUAUCAUCAAAUGCUUCAGCAAAGCUGGAUAGUUUCUUGAAUGCUUUAUGGAGUUUGUCUCCAAAGAUAAUGGUGGUAGCAGAGCAAGAUGCUAAUCACAAUGGGGCAAACCUGAUGGAGAGGCUAUCAGAAUCCUUGUACUUCUAUGCAGCAUUGUUUGACUGUCUGGAAUCCACGCUUCCAAGAACGUCAGUGGAGAGACUCAAGGUGGAGAAAAUGUUGUUUGGCGAGGAGAUUAAAAACAUAAUAGCAUGUGAGGGCGUUGAGAGGAAAGAAAGGCAUGAAAAACUUGAAAAAUGGAUUCAAAGAUUUGACUUGGCUGGUUUUGGAAAUGUAGCUUUGAGCUAUUAUGCAAUGUUGCAAGCCAAGAGAUUGUUGCAAAAUCGGAGUUGUGAUGGAUAUAAGAUCAAGGAAGAGAAUGGUUGCAUAGUAAUUUGCUGGCAAGAUAGAGCUCUUUUCUCGGUUUCAGCUUGGAGAUGUAGGAGGUGAGAUUUUGAGUGAAAUGGAAUUGUAAUGUUUGAUUUUCUCCUCCUCCCUUUUUCCCUCUUGAAUGGAACUGAAAUUGUGAUAUGAAAUCAGGAGUGUAACUUAGCUUUUCUAUUCUAUCUGCUCACUGGUGCGUGUAUUCUUUCUAAUCAAUACCUCUGAUCAAGCUCUAUCGGUCAUUUAA